AUCAGUGAGUUUUGCAGUCUAACGUAAGGACACGCACAGCGGCAAUUCCCAACUGGAUUGCAAUUGAGCAACUGUUAAAAUGGACACGCUACGGCUGCGGGGGCCGCCGUUUAAACGCCCCAACAAUCCAAAUCAUCCCCAGCAUCCGCGUCAUCCGCAGCAUGCGCAGGUGCACGCACAGAUCCAUCAUCCAGCCAUGCCGCAGACUCAAGAGCCGCUCAUUGUGGUGGAGGAGUCCAACUUGCCGGAAGAGCUGGAUCCGGAGAGCACAGAAACCUCAAAUCGCGCCAGCUUGGACAUAGAUUCACCCGUUAAUCCCUAUUUGCUGUCGCCCUGGCGCGAUCCACGCGAGGCACGCAAACAUUCGUUGCCAUCGCAGCAGGUCACCGAUGGCAUCACCGCCAGUCAGGUGCGUCGUCUAUCGGAGCGCGGCGGCGAGGGCAGCGGUCCCUCGCCCAAGGAGGCUGCAUUCUUGGCCACACUGUCACAGGCGCCGGCUCCAUCUGGACGGCGUCAUUCGGUGGUCACCAUAUCGAAGGUGCCCACCACUUUGUUUGGACGCUCGCGGCGCGAAUCUGUCGCUGCAUAUCCCUCGUCAAGCGGCUCCAGCCGCGUGCUGAGCUCCCGGCGUGAGAGCAAUGCCGGUCCACCGUCUACCGAUCCGAUCGGUAGCAUACACAAUCUUCAGCUUGAUAUUAUGGAUGAUAUCCACCUUCAGUCACGUAAGGCGCGGUUGAAAUUGUGGAACUCCAGCAGUGAGAAGGUGUGUGAGGUCCAGACGGUCGAGGAGGCCGGCAUCGGCGCUCCAGGCAGACGCUACACAAAUCGACGCUACUCCGAGUGUCCCCCGCCGGGGAUGGGGAGUGCCACGCCGUUUAGGCGUGGCUCCGAGCAUCCACAAGGUCACACGGUCCAUCAUGGACCAACUAUUUCGCCCCAACCAACAACGCAGGCAAGCACCUCAACCCGUCGCAAGAAAUCAGGUGGCGGUUUGGGCAUAUUGGGCAGUCGCAGUGACCUUGCUUGCAUCUUUGGCACCAUCACUGGCGGAAGCAACUGCAGUGUUGGUGCUAAUGGUGCCAUGGAGUCACGCCCAGAUCCGGAUGGGUCCUCGAGCUCGUCGGCUGCUACUGGCAAUUCUGCCAGCAGCCCUUUUCUAAGUAAUACUUUUCAACAGGCCGCGCGUGGACGCACGACCAGUGCCACGCCCACUCCCAGUGGCAUACAGUCGGCCAACUUGCUGCUCGACCCGAAUGCAGGCCGCUCCACACGCUCAAACAGUUUCGAUGUAUCGAUCUUGAACAACGCCAAGCAGCUCGUCUGCGAUGCCGGGGACAACAGCUCGGCCGCCAUAUCCGGUUGGUUUGGCAAGAAGUCGACGCCGUCGACGCCGCAGCGCAAGAAGAGCAUUCGCAGCAAGAGCACCGCCGUCGCUUUGUCCAAGGAUGUGCUGGAGCGCCUGCAGAAGAAGGAUGCGCUUGGCGGCGAUUCGGGCAAGCCCAAGCUAAAGCCACGCAGCAAGAAGAAGAGCUGGGCCGAUGCCACCAAGGCCAACAUUGUGGAUGCCACCAUGCUGGGCACCGCCAUCGAGGGCUUCUUGCGCAAGAGCUCCAAUGCUGGCAUGAGCGCUGCAGCCGCUGCUACCGGCUCUGGUCCGUCGACCUCGGCCGCUGCACGGCAAGCUGCCGCCUCCAAGGGCGCUGUACCCAAGGAGGGGGGCGCCAGCACUAGCUCCGGAUCAUCACGUCGCAGCGCACGCGCUUCGGCCGCCAGCACGGCUCAAUCGCAGGCUGGCCGCGCUAUGCGCUCUACCUUGAAUUGGUUUAGCCGCACGGAUGAUGAGGAUGAUUCCAAGGACACUUGUGACGCAUCCCUGUGCUCAGCACUGAAAGACCUAUUUGUCAAAUAGGGAACGGGGAAGGGCCGCAAAAAUUAAUGUGGCCCCAAGCGAGUAAAAGAUUAAAGCUCUGACUCACUUCACACUUUCAUUCGUUUUUAUUGAUGGACAAAAGCUGAGUGGUAUGCAACAGGCUGCACAGCGAAAUGUAACGUACAGUAGUACAAGUAAAAAUUUGAUACAAUAACGGCAAUUGAUGAUGGUGAAUGAGGAGAUAAUGAUAAUGAUAGGGUUAAGCGAUUUUGAUAAAGAUAAUUGACUAUGAUAAGAGAGUAUAAGCAAAUUUUAUAAGGCAACAUUCCAGGUAAGUUUAUUUGUGAUUUUAAUGCAAAAGGGCAGGGAUAUAAUAAUUGGUUGGCAAAUGUGGAAACCGAUUGACAUACUACUACAAACAUAUUACCUUCAAGCAUAGUGACCUACAUAGAAAACCAUACUCAGACAUAAUAUACACAUACAUAUAAAUAUAUAUUAUAUACCAUUUUAUUGAUAAC